UCUCUAUUCCUCUGAGGACCAGGGAGAUUGAAGAAAAGAUUGGCUUAUAAGGUUUAAUUAAAAUCAAUAUGGAAAAGUAGCGCAUUUUAAAUAGGUUGUUUUGAAAUAUUUCACAAUUGUCGACAAGUAUUUAGCGCUAAAUGGUUGAUAUAUAUACAUACUGAUACACGCUGAUCAACUGAUGGCAACCUCAGAAUGAUGUUGGCAUUAUUACUUCUUCUAAGUGUUCAGAUUGGUGGUGUUUUGGGGAUAUACGGUGGAUGCAUGAGUUACUCUACCACCAUAGAGUCCUCGGGCAUUCUGAAGGUGAACUUGUUUUUCCUGAAUGGGUGGCAAAUCGGUAAAGGACCAUGCUACCAUUGUAAGGCUGAAGAUAAAGGGAAAGAUGUUACAGAACGAAGGAAACAAUUUAUACUACAGAGCGGUGACCCCAAUAUAUUAGGGAAAUGGACGAUUGAAAUGGAGAAUCAAAACGGGAAUGUGUCGAACGUCAACAAAACAUCAGACAUCAAUAGGGCUUCAAAAGAUGUUGUGCUUAUUGUGAGUGAGAAGGAGAGAUGGGAACUAGAUGGUUCGGAGAUUUCUUUGGAUUUUAAUUCAACACUCAAUGAAUUUGAUAUCAAGUUUACAGGUGCCAUAGAUGAUGAGAUGAAGCUUUUACCAAAUAUCAAGAUUAUUCACCUCCAAGUUAAGAUAAAUCCAGGAAUCAGAAGCGACACCCACAAACCCAACACAAGUCCCGUGGUGCUCGUCAAGCCGCUCUACAGCUUAGAGUUAGGAAAGCCCUACAGGAUACACCUGACGUCAGUUGACAAUGAUGGAGAUGCGGUACGCUGUGAAAUAGCACGAUUCAUUGAAGGACUGGGGAUUGGACCGUUCUUAUCAAACUUAAAAAAACUUGGUUUUUUCUCUCUCGAUCGAAUGAAAUGUUUGAUGAACAUCAACGUUGAUUCGGUCUAUUUUCAUGAAAACGAUACAUUUGCUGCUGAAGUAACUGUAAAAGAUUAUAAUGCAAUCCCUGCGUUUAUCCAAGGGACCUCACUCAUGCCUCAUAUUCCAUACAAACGUGUCAUCGGAAGAGUAGUUGUCUUGAUGUAUUUUAAGAUAAUGGGAAAAACAGACCCACCUGAAAUUAUACCCCCCACCCCAGAUAACAACCAGGAGUACACGGUUUAUGUUGGAGGCGACUUCCAUGUCAAUGUGUUCGCUAAAGCAUCGACUGGCAGAAAUAUACGACGAUUUGAUUUCUUAAGACGAGAUGGAAAACCAGUGAACCAUACUGGCAUUCACGACGCAUCUAAUGUAUCUGCGAAUGCCGUAUUCAUAUCAACGAAAUGGUCACCUACGAUACAGGAUAUCGGGCAUCACAUUCUAUGUGCAAAUGCCGAGGACAAUCACGGGAGAAUGACUGUAGAUUUGCAUUGCUUCCGCAUCAUAGUAAAAGAGCAUAUAUUUCGACCAAGACCAGCAGUAACGGGAAAACCAUACUUUGUGUCCUUCCCAGAAAGUUUAGAUCUGACCUGCAAAAAAGACACAUAUUGCAGAUUUCCUGUGUAUACCACAACGUCAGAUCCCGGAGGAAUCAGGAGCAUCGUCAGCACCCCAAACAGUAAGGAAAACGUCACAAUUCAGUACAGUCAGGAGCGCAUUAAUGGAACCAUAGAAUGCAAAGUUGCACAAGUGGAAUUCUUUGCAAGUCAAGUUGGUCCUCGACGAAUCUGUUUGAAUGCGACUGACAGCAAAUUUUCCUCACAGAGAUGUUUGUUUGUUACUGUACAAUUACCAGAUCCAUGUGCUUCGGAACCUUGUCAACAUUUGGGUCGUUGUUCAGCUUUUGAUGACAAUUCAGGAUUCAACUGUGUCUGUACAAAUGAAUACACCGGGAUACUUUGUGAGAAAAAAAUCAAGGCAUGCGAUCGAAACCCGUGUUUUUCUAAUGGUACUUGCUUUGACGAUGGCGUUAAUACUCCGCCGUAUUUCUUCUGUACGUGUCAGAAUGGGAAAACUGGUGCAGUUUGUGAAUCUGACAUCGAUCGUUGUUCGUCAAAUCCAUGCAGCGAUACAGAAAUUUGUCAUCCUUUGGGACAGAAUGUCUGUAUCACUAGUAAGUAUGAUAACCAUGUUACAGUUAAUGCGUCUCAUUACAUAAGAGAAGGAUCCAGUGAGGCAGCAAAGGUGUCAUCUUUUGGUGGUAACAAAUUGGGAACUUUCACUGUGGAUGUGACAGACUGCGUCAAAGAAGGAAGCGAAUCAGUCUGCAAGGCAGUGAUAAAACUCACCAAGUCCUCAAACACAAAACUUGAUCAUACGCCAAAGGAAUACGAUCUCUGUCUGAACGUAGCUAAGACUGCAAGUCCACUAAUAUUUACUGACAAAUCUUGUGUCCGCGUUAUGGUACAACCAAAAGCUAGGGGUACCCCUACAGCCAGUGCAUCAUGUAAAUUUGCUGAGGGGACACUUGAAAAAGAAUCCACUAUCGGAUGUAAAAAGGGAGUCCCCUGUCAUUUCUUUGUGUAUACUUCUCCUCAUUCUAAUAGUAGCUGCGCUACUAUGAUCACUGACAACGAGUAUGUGGCUGUGUAUAAACCUUUGUCAUUCAGCUCGCCUGGUUUAUGUCGAUAUGAAGUAGUUAGCACUAACACAACUACGACGGGAACGAACAAAAUUUGCCUAAAGCCCUGUCUGAGAGGCGAAUCCCGCUGCUUUCUGUUAAACGUGAAUGACAUUCGGGAUCAAUGUUUAUCUAAACCAUGCCAGAAUGAUGGAGCUUGCCAAACACUACCUAAUGGGGAUCUGAAAUGUCACUGUACACCACAAUUCUGGGGAAAAUAUUGUCAAAAAGGAUUUUGCGACAGUAAGACGAAUUGUAAUAACGAGGCUGUAUGUUACAAGGUCAACAAUGACGUGACAUGUCUCUGCAAACUAGGCUAUACCGGGUCCACAUGUUCGUUUGAUGCCAAUAAAAACCUUACAAGUACCAAUGACAAUGGGGGUCAUUUUACCGAGAUGGCGCUUUUGGAGAGAGUGACGUGUUACCUGAAUAUUCCUUGUACAAUUUCUUUCAGUGUUACUAGAAACAUCCAUCACAUGCCCACUUUAGUCUUAGGAUCGAUAGACAGAUCAUUAGAUGUUUCUGAAUUAGGUUUACAGCCAUUGUCUUCAUCACAAACGGUUCUAAAUGGUAAAAUGGUCGUCAUUGGAUCGGAUUUAGGACUGAAGACAUUAUGUAUUGAUUCGGUCAACACACCUGGAAAUGGUAAAACUGAAGAUGAAAUCUGCUUCAAGAUAAACGUUAUCAACGGAAAUUCUUUGAAACCUGAUGAGUUGGAGCCUCAUUUUGUAUCACCGACGUUUCCAAAUGAAACAAUUUUUCAAUGCCAACAACACGAUCAAUGCCAUAUCAGUUUAUGGGCCAAAAACAAAAUCAUCAAAAAAGACUGUCCAGUUCUCAAGGUAGACAGAACGACAGAGGAUGGAGUGUUCGUGUUUCCUCAGGCUAAUAGUACUAAUGUACCCUGUGUAUUUGAUGCAGUCGUCACGAUCAGCAACAUCACAAGCCUUGGUCUCUGUUUUUCAUUGGUUGGUGAUUCAGGGACUAGCGUCGACGAACGUUGCUAUACAAUUCAUGUUGUACGGAAAACAUCAGUGAGAGGCGUAUGUGCGGGUGUGUCUUGUUACAACGAUGGGUUCUGUGAUGCACGAAUGAUGAAUGCAAAUUGUCGGUGUAGAUCUGGAUUUUCCGGCCAAAAUUGCUCAACAGAUGCUGGAGAAGUUCAAGGAGAUAAGAAUUACUAUCCUGGAAGCCCUCUAUUUGGAGAUUUAAUGUUGCCAAAAUUGAUAAAAUGUCCUCUAUCAAAAGUCUGUGCCAUCCAGUUUACAGUAUCCAAUAUUGACCAAUUUAAUAUAACGUCGAAUGGAACAUAUAUCGAUACAAAAGAUUUAACAUCUUCUAAAGUCGUAGGUUCACGUGACUUUUCGGGGAGAGUCAAUGUUAUUCACAAAAGGCCAGGAACAGACGAUUUCUGCCUAUUCCUAUCCUCAACUGCGGGUGACGUAUAUGAUGAAACCUGCUGCCAAAUCGUGACAGACUCAACCACAACAAUAGAUCCAACAGAUGAUGGCGAGCCACAUUUCAUCGUUCCGUCAGCCAACAAUGGCUCUGAAUUCAGCUGUACGCCAGGAAAACCAUGCCAUAUUACUCUUUCUCUGAACAAAGGAAGUAACUUGAAAUGUCCAGAAAUUAAACACAGAUUAGGAAAUGACGCAUUGGUUCAUAUCUUCAAUUCCGUUUCUUCUACUCCGACCGAAGAAUGUGUUAUGGAUAUAUGGUUUGGGUCAUCUGCUACAGACAAUGGCAUCACCAGAGAACACUGUUUUCAGGGAUACGUAUCUGGAGUUCUUGGAGAAAUAAGGUGCUAUAAAGUUCAUUUUGAGCCGCAUGUUCGGCCACCGCCCCCUACCACAGAAACAUCAAUCAUGGUAACAACGCAAGAAACAAGUAGCACAGGUGUUAAUGUUCAGAUAGAGAAUGCCACAACACAAGGUACUAGUGGUACCAGUGAUCAAAGAGCCACAGUAAUAACGCAAGAAUCUGGUACCAGUAGUGGAGGCCACGUUAGUACGUCACAAGGGUCUGUUACCAGUAGUGGCGGUCAUGUUAGUCCAUCACAAGGAUCUGGUGUCAGUAGUGGUGGUCAAGUUAGUACGUCACAAGGAUCUGUUACCAGUAGUGUUGGUCAAGUUAGUACGACACAGGGAUCUGGUGUCAGUAGUGGCGGUCAAGUUAGUCCAUCACAAGGGUCUGUUACCAGUAGUGGCGGUCAUGUUAGUCCAUCACAAGGAUCUGGUGUCAGUAGUGGCGGUCAAGUUAGUACGUCACAAGGAUCUGUUACCAGUAGUGUUGGUCAAGUUAGUACGACACAGGGAUCUGGUGUCAGUAGUGGCGGUCAAGUUAGUCCAUCACAAGGGCCUGGUGUCAGUAGUGGCGGUCAAGUUAGUACGUCACAAGGAUCUGUCACCAGUAGUGUUGGUCAAGUUAGUACGACACAGGGAUCUGGUGUCAGUAGUGGCGGUCAAGUUAGUCCAUCACAAGGAUCUGGUGUCAGCAGUGCCGGUCAAGUUAGUACGUCACAAGGAUCUGUUACCAGUAGUGUUGGUCAAGUUAGUAUGACACAGGGAUCUGGUGUCAGUAGUGGGGGUCAAGUUAGUCCAUCACAAGGAUCUGGUGUCAGUAGUGGCGGUCAAGUUAGUACGUCACAAGGGUCUGGUGUCAGUAGUGGCGGCCAAGUCAGUACGUCACAAGGGUCUGGUGGCAGUAGUGGCGGUCAAUCUUUAUCCGAAAGUGUUACUCAGAUGGCAUCAAGAUCAGCCCCCAGCGCUUUUUCAGUAACGUCAGAUAUGUUUACAGACAGCAAUCAAUCUCCAACAAAUUACAGAGACAUAACAACCGUUUCCCAUGGAACCGGAAGUCACUGUGAUAUAAAGAAGGUCAAAGAAAAAGCUAAAAAUGGAAGGGUUGAAUGUUUCUGUCCCCACCCUACCACUGGGGUGAGAACAAAGGUUAUUGUCUUAAAUCCACGUGUUUCCAUGGAGAGAUUGUUACUAGCGGCAGGGCUUGGUUCUGGAGCCAUGAUAACCACCAUUGGUUUGGCCACCGUUUUGUAUAUCAUAACACAGAAAUACAGUAGCCCUCACAAACCUGGGCCCUCACAGAAGACCAACAAGGCCAAGAAAAAAAUAAGCGUAAGCAGUAUUUCAAGCAAAGGGAAUUGAGUGCUGUGAACGCAUGAUUGGUUGUUUUUUGUGAUCCAUUAUAUGACUGCGGUACAAGAUCAAUUCAGUGCAUCUGUGAUUACGAUAAUUUUUCUCCUUUGUACAAUAUCAAAUCAUUGCCUCUUCAUGAGGAGACGUGAACACAAAUGCCUGUUUAUUUGAAUUAUGGUUCCAAUCAUUUAAGGACUUCUGUUAUGUUUUCUUUAAUGUUUUACUCUAAUGAAGCGGAUUUUAUUCCCCAAUAAAAUGAAAUAGAUCUAUUA